AGUUCAUUCCAGGAACCAUAUUUUUUAUCUGCUAUGUUCCCCGUCACUUUUUCGCUAAUAAAACAUCCAUCUCCAUGGCCCCUAGUGCCCUUUUGGAAUUUCCAUUUGUUCUCUCUUCCUUCGUCCACCACUUCUAUCGUCUCUGCGAAGUCUCUUUAUCUUUUUUCCAUUUGUUAAAGCAUUAAAGAAAAAUACAUUUUUCGCCGUCUUAAUUUCCCUCGUCCUGCUUUUUUCAGCAAGACGUUCUUAUUCAGUAUAAUUUGUUUUUAGUUUUGUUGACCAACAUGUCGUCUCCCAUUCGCAAUGGCAAUAGAAAGGAGCAACAGGAGGAUGAUGCGGUUCCUGCAAAUGCAUCGAUAAAUCGACGGCCAUCGCGGAUCUCCCGAAACAGUGGUGAGUUCAACGUCCAAAACGUAAUGUUGUCGAAUGCCGGCAUUCCGGUCCCAGGCUCCACGGAAGAUGAACCACCUGCGGAUGUUGCGGCGGGCGCAGCCAGCAAGGAAGCUGCGGGAGGACCAGCGCCACGCCGAAGCAACGUUACGUCUGAAGUAACUGGUGGGAGUGCAGACGGUGGAGACAGUGCCCGGAAUACGUACGCCGCAGUCGCGAGACCCACUACUGGUGCUGCAGGAGCACCUGUGCGGAAGAGCGCGGUUGCCGAUGGCGCGCAAGUCGGUGUUGCUGCGACAGGGGCGGCGAAAUCGACUCGCGUUGCGUCGAAUGAAAACGAAGUGACCGGCGAGCGCAAGAGUAAGAUACUCACGUCCCAGGGCAUACCGCUGUAUGCUAUGAACCGCGCGUCCUCGCCUCUCGGAGCCGCCGGGGGCAACAGAUCAACAUGUGCUGGGGGGGGAGACAUUCGGGAAAGAACGAAGAGUGGCAAUCAUUUUACUAUGAACGGCAUGCUGCACUCUUUUGUCCAAGCUUACGCGGAGGAGGAGGCAACAAAUGCGCAAGCGGACCCAGACAGCCUUCUGUCGUUGUACCAGCUUGGCGGGGGCGCGACUACGGGGAGCACGUCGGCCAAAGCUGCAAUGAAGGCGAUAACGUCCUCUGGCUCUGGGAAGCUUGCCACCGCGCUCAUGGGGGAGAAAGCAGGAGCGCAAGGCGCAGAGGGCUCCGGGACUGCAAUUGCUCCUCUGGGCAGCGGGGAAGAUCGUGCAGGAGCAGCAGGUGCGCCGCAGGCACAGGAGGACCCCGAAGACCAGCUGAACGCGGAGAUCGCCGCAGCCCAGGCGGAUGCGGAUCGCUUCACUGGCAAGAGGAGCUACAGGGACGACGAGAAUUACACUGACAAGUGGGGAAUGACGGACCUGGAACGUAAAGCCGUGGGCCUGCCCUCGCGUCAAGAAGCUCGCUACCAAACGCAGAAAGCCAGAGAAAUGCGCAAGACGCUCCAUGCUUUGGACGCUAUCAUGGCAAAAAUGCGAUGGGACGUGCUCCGCAAAAACGCGAAAGUGGACGGCGGUGGCGAAGAAAAACUCGCAGAACACAUGGAUGUACUUCUUAUCUUCUUGUACAAUAACCAGAACCAGACCUCCUCCUACUUCUAGCACCACUUCUCAUCUCGCAAACGGCAUUGAUUUUUAUUUUAGUUCUUUAAUAUUGGUCGACAUGACAGCAGAUGAACAAGUUUGUUGGAAGAAAAUAAACUCGAAGAACUACAACUUGUAUUUCGACGCCUAUAAUCAUAGAAGUGCGCCUGUGGAUGAAUCUUUAUAGUUCACAGCAGCUAUCCCUAUCUAUUGUACUUGAGAGUGGAAGAUUCUGCCUUUGAGAAAUAGAGCACAAAGCAGCACACCGUAAGUAAGAACUUUGAGUAAAAACUUUGAAAACAGACUGGUAAAUGAAAAAUAAACUACACAUCGACCACUGAUGAACCUGGCAGGUUGUCGCUUUGAUGGAUAAGCUCGAGGACUUGACGAAGAAUCUGAAUGGGCGGCCUGAGUGGGAGAAGCGUUUUCACCUGCGAAACGAGGUCUUCAUGCAGGCGAAGAAGCUGAAAAUGGAACAUAAUAAAGCAUGGGGGUCGAAAUUUAUCCUGCAUACAAUGAGCGCGAAGCCCGCAUUGGACAAACGCGGACUUGCGCAAUGGUUGCGAAGCGAAGACGAGGCUCUGGAAUGGCCGUCCCGCGGUCACUACCUCUACGCCCGUGCAUGCCAAUUGCUCAACGACAGACUGAGCAGGGAAGAGAAGCGAGCCAAAGAAAUCCUGGAUAAGGAUGCGGCCGAUUGUAAGCUAUCUUGAAUAUUGACGCAGAUGUUGAUUUUGCAUCGUCCUUGGUCGUAGAGGGCCGCGGACGUGGCAGCUUGCUCUUCACAUCGUAGUUAUGUUCUUCCUCCUAAAUGGAAGCAGUAAGUUGACAACCACAACGUCGAGCCUGAGGAAUAGCAAGAAGAGGAAACCCAAAUAAAUUUCAAUUUUUGUUUAUCACAAAUAGGUCCCUUCAAACCGGAGCAUAACCCUCGAAAAGUGGACAAAUAUUACCAAAACUGGAGUGAUGUUGGUAAAACGACCACGCGAGGUUGGCGAGUGACGCCGUCAUUCGAACCGCACGCACGCACUCAUGUCCACACAGGACCAACUGACGUUUACGAUGGGUUCUUGAAGAUUUGUAACGAUGCCAUCGACUGGGAGGAGGAUCCGAAAACAGGAAAAGUUCGCCUGAAAAAGCAGGCCAAUCUAAAGGGGCUACUGUACUCAUUUGCAUUCUUUGACUACUUAAAAGAUAGAACAACGAGGCUAAGAUUAAGAUAGGACUAUUUUCUCAAGUUGAUCUCUUCGUCCAUCAUGAUCAACCUCAAUCAUUUUAUGCGACUUGAGAAUUCUUCUACCACUACUCCUACAACACCACAGCGAGCGGCACAAACAGCUGACGCAGAGAGUACCUACCGCGGAAACCGAACAUGACACAGCCCUGAAGCUCGAUAAGCAGGGGGUCUAUGCGAUGUUGAUUCGUGACAACAUCAAGCACCAUUAGGGGUAGUUUUUCACUAUCCCAUGUGGACUAUGCUGGGUGGCGCUUCGCAUGAUCAUUUAAAGGGAUGAAAAUAAGGGGGGCGCAGGGCACUCCGCUCGACUCGGUAUAGUGAAAAACUACCGCUUCUAACACCAGGAAUCAGUGGAGCAAGCGCGCUACGCGGUAGAAUGUGUGCAACCGGAUCCACUGACAGGCCGCCGCGUGGUUCCUCAACUGGACCACCCGGUUGUAAAACUCCUACAAUACCUUGACAAGACUGCUGCAAAGGAAGCGGAUAAGGAGAAGCGACUAAAAAGGCUAGAAGAAGAGAGGCUUGCAGCCGAAACAGCAGCAAAAGAACAGGAGGAAGGACCCCGCGGCCAGCGAGUGGCUGGUAAAGACCUAAUCAAGAUGAGCAUUGAAAAUGAAGCCCGCUAUCGCUGAUUAUUUCGUUCGGGAUAUGAUAACUUUCUCUUUUAGCGACCAAAUAGUGCCUUCGUUUUUCUCUUUGCGCGGUAUUAGUCGUGUACGUUGGCCUUGGCGUUGGCCUGCCUCUUCUAAAUGUUCCUUCGUUCUUGUUGAGAUGUUCUGAUCCAUGCGUCUUUUCUAUCAUGUGACAACAGAUGAAGCAGGUCGCGAACUGGAGAAGUUCAUGUUUGAUGUACUGGUAGAAAUAGUACGUAGUACUGCUACUGAUUAGGUCCUACAUUAGGAUUAUAAUGUUCAUCAAUUCAUCGCAAUUGCAACUUUGAUCAGGUGCUACAAGGGGUUCCGCCAGUCGAGAUGGCAGUCCAUCGAGGAGCCAUCAUGUCACACGCAAAGGGCUUGAUACUGGGUUGCCAACAAAUGUGCAGACGGCGCUGAGAAAGCGACACGAGGAGCGGCGCAGUCAAAUGCUGAAAAAAUUGGAGGUGAAGGAGGAAAAGAGCUGGCGUGUGGCGGUGCACCGCAUGCAAAAGAUGGACAAGCCCCCGCGUUCCUUGGUCGAUUUGAAAAAAGCGGAGAAACCCGGAGCGGACAUGGCCGAGAUUGAGGGCGCUUUGUCAGUGGCCGCGACUCGCGAAAAUAAGGAGUCGAAUCGCGCCGCUGCGCGCGCCGGAAAUAAAGGCCGUGGCGGAGGUGCGGCUAGCGGUGGGGAGAGCAGCUCGCCGGACCCAAUGAGCACGGCUGGCGGCACUACGUCUGGAACCGAGAGUUCCUUCAAAGCAGGAAUGCAGCGUCCACCGCCUCGUGAUGUGGACCGAACGUCCGCCGCGCUUCCCAUGACCAAGAAGAGUAUGAUGACCGGGGCGAUGACCGCAAGUACGCAGCAGCUGACCGCAGAACAUUUUGCCGAGAAGGCUCGCGCCACGCAGCUCCAGACGGCUCGCCAGAGUCUCCUUCGCGGUGCCUCACCCGGCCGCUCCGGAAAGAAGACAAAGAAGUCAGUGAUCGCGAGCCCGCGCAGUUCGGUGUCUCAAGCGUUGACGAGCCGUCAGACCCGCGCUUUGCGAGAGAAGCAAAGCACGCCGUGGGAGCGCCAGCUUCACGCAGAACUUAUUCAUGAGAAAGUGAUUCCCGCUUCGCCACGUCCGUCGAUGUCACGAAUCCAACGCGGAGGUUCUCCGGCUCCGUCUGAAACCGGAAACCAAUCGUUAAGGAAUCCUUCGAGUGCCACGAUCCGCGGAAUGGAUGAUGGAGAUCUCGAAGACGAGAUGAUGAACAAGGCUCUGCAGGAGACCAAGCUGCGUCGGGUGCUCGGAGCUGCUUACGACAAGAUGACACCUGAAGAGCUGGAGAGAGUACGCGCAACCUUGCCUAAAAAGAGCGGACUUCUCAAUGAUCCGGCCGCGUAUCAAGCUGCAAAGUACUCAUUCCACUAUAUUCUCGAUUUGGUUUUUUCUCAGUACCUGGUUACAUUUGAUCGUUACAAGUAAUAAUACAUCUAAAUGAUCCUGAUCUGAUCUUGGUGAUGAACAAAUUUCUUGACCCUUAGAAGUUCUGCUGCGCGUGUACGAAAAACAUGGGGGGCAACAUGAGGGUUUGCGUCGACUCAGAGAUUGACCGGUGAGAGCGAUUCCCUGAAAAUCUUAGAAAAUUAGGAAUAUUUGAUUUUCACAACGAGGACGCCGUGGCUUGAUGCGUCUCAACACCAAUCUAAAAGUCAAAAGGUCCAUUGCAUUGGCGGUCAAGAUGUCUCUCAACGAUGUCUUGAGCUCUGUGUCCUUGCAUAGCGAACCUUGCUCGUGGUCCCCGAGGUGACGACAGGAGUGAUCUUGCUAUCGUAAAUUGUUUGAUGUCCUCUUAAUUGCUCGUGAGAAUUCUAAAUUUUUUUGUUCAUCGAUCAGGCGGCAGUCCCAAGAGAUCCAUGCUGAAAACGAAGCCCAGAAGAGCGUGGCGCUGCACAAUCAAUUCAAAGGGCUCUUUGACGCAUCUCGCACAGACAACAAUGCGGUGACGGACACGCUUGCCGAAGCACUGAAUAUUGUUGGUGAUGGACUUGGCGUUUCCUCAGAGCACGUUGCGCAAGCCUUAAAAUCUGGAGUCGAGAAUCAGGGACUAAACAAGGAUGAGCACUUUUCGAAAGCUAUGGGUGCGGUAUCUCGUGCGAAUGAGCAUCCGGAUUUACAACCAAGGCGAUCAAGCCGAGCCGGCUCACCAGAGCCUUGAUGAACAAAAAAUUCGUUCAAGUUGUGGAACAAGAGUUGGAUAUUUAUAAGAAAGCCUGCAGAUAAAACGAAUAUGAUUAUACUCUCCCUCGGCAAAAUUAGAGCCCCAAGAAGUAGUAGUUGCUCACGCAAAUUCCCCGACGGCCGCGAUUUAGAGACCUAAAAUUUCCAGUUCCAGGGCUACAGAAAUAAUUAUACCGUUUUACUUGUGUGGACGACGGGAGCUGGAGAAGAUUCGGUGGGACCCGAUGAAAACUUCUGCUAGUCGGUGGUACUAAGGGAGCCAGAAAAAUCAUAUCCAGUGCGCGUCAACAAAUAAGAAGCGAGCAGACGAAUUGUGUGCACUUUUAUGAUCAUAUCAAAGACACAACAAAGCGAAACAUCAAAAUAAUUCGUGAUGGAAUUUCCGAGACAAUUAAAGAUAUCGCGUUCAAUCUAAACUGUAAGCAGUACUUCUAUGAUAGAGGUAUCGUAAAAAACUGAUGCAUAAUUAGUGAUAGCUUGCAAGCUUUACGAAAGUGGAGUUUUCAAAUUUGUUUUGCGGUGCCAAGAAGCCACUAUUCAGGUACUCGGGCAUCAACACCACGACUCUUCGCAGGGGAAGAAUUUAGAAGAGAAAAGAUCAUUGAACAUUACGGAAAGCAAAAGGAAUAAUGCCGAUGAGAAGCAACAGCGCAACUCUUGUUUUUAUUGAAAAAAGCCAAAAGAAUUGAAUGUCACAAGCAAUAGGCGAUUUAUUUACUAGUAGAGCGAAUUUUUUCGAUUUAGAUUACCUAAGUACCAUGUACUGUAAACUUCGAGUUCUAUGGGAUUGACACUUUCUCGGAUUGCAAAUAGAGAGCUAUAUGUGAGUUUAGAAAUGAAAGAAAUGAGUUCAGAGAACUUGCGAACAGAUGCAAAGAUCAAC